AUGGCGCUCAAGGCACAAGUCGGUCAAAAGAUUAUGAAUGAAGUCAUCAAACAGAAGAAGACCGGAAGUUCUGGCGUUCAAUGGCGAAUUUUAGUAGUUGAUAAAUUGGCCAUGAGGAUGGUAUCUGCGUGUUGUAAAAUGCACGAUAUCAGUGCACAAGGCAUUACCUUAGUAGAAGAUAUCAACAAGAAACGGGAACCUUUGCCUACCAUGGAAGCAAUCUACCUGAUCACACCAUGCAAUUCCUCUGUCCAAAAGUUAAUCGAAGACUUCAGUAAUCCUACCAGGACUUCUUACAAAGUAGCCCAUGUUUAUUUCACAGAAGUGUGUCCGGAGGAGCUGUUCAAUGAACUCUGCAAGUCUCUCGCCGCUAAAAAGAUCAAAACCCUGAAAGAGAUCAACAUCGCUUUCUUGCCUUACGAAUCGCAGGUUUUCUCCUUGGAUUCGGCUGAAACAUUUGCUUGCUUUUAUAAUGCUUCCUUUUCCAACUUGAGAACGGCCAAUAUGGAAAGAAUAGCUGAACAAAUUGCAACACUUUGUGCUACUCUUGGAGAAUAUCCAUCAGUUAGAUAUCGAAGCGAUUUUGAUCGAAAUUUGGAAUUGGCACAUAUGGUUCAACAAAAAUUAGAUGCUUACAAAGCGGAUGAACCAACGAUGGGUGAAGGACCUGAAAAAGCACGCUCUCAAUUGCUUAUUCUAGACAGAGGAUUUGACUGUGUAUCACCAUUGUUACACGAAUUAACUCUACAAGCUAUGGCAUAUGAUUUAUUAGAUAUUGAGAAUGAUGUUUACAGAUUCGAGGCAUCUGCAGGAGUACAAAAGGAAGUAUUAUUAGAUGAAAAUGACGAUUUAUGGGUAGAUCUUAGACAUCAGCAUAUUGCUGUAGUUUCACAGAAUGUUACUAAAAAUUUAAAGAAAUUCACAGAAUCAAAAAGAAUGCCGCAAGGAGACAAACAAAGUAUGAGGGAUCUUUCACAGAUGAUUAAAAAAAUGCCACAGUAUCAAAAAGAAUUGAGUAAAUAUGCAACACAUUUACAGUUAGCAGAAGAUUGUAUGAAACGUUACCAAGGAAAUGUAGAUAAACUAUGCAAAGUAGAACAAGAUUUAGCGAUGGGCACAGAUGCUGAAGGAGAACGUAUCAAAGAUCAAAUGAAAAAUAUUACUCCAAUUUUACUUGACCAAACUGUACAUCAUUUAGACAAAUUACGAAUUAUUGCAUUAUAUGUUAUUAGUAAAAAUGGUAUUUCUGAAGAAAAUCUUAAUCGUCUUGUUCAUCAUGCUCAAAUAUCUCCUGAUGAUAAACAAACUAUAGUAAACAUGGCUAAUCUUGGUAUUAAUAUAGUUGUAGAUGGUGGUAAUCGUAAAAAAUUAUACACCGUACAACGUAAAGAAAGAAUUACAGAACAAACUUAUCAAAUGAGUCGUUGGACUCCAGUUAUGAAAGAUAUUAUGGAAGACGCUAUUGAAGAUAAAUUGGAUUCUAAACAUUUUCCUUUUUUGGCUGGACGAGCAGCAAGUUCGGGAUAUCAUGCUCCAACUAGUGCGAGAUAUGGACAUUGGCAUAAAGACAAAGGUUCACAAACUAUUAAGAACGUUCCAAGAUUAAUCGUAUUUGUAGUUGGAGGUGUUUGCUUUUCUGAAAUCCGAUGCGCUUAUGAGGUUACAAAUGCUUUAAAAAAUUGGGAAGUCAUAAUUGGUUCUUCGCAUAUAAUUACACCGAAAUCCUUUUUAGAUGAUCUAAGUAAACUUCACAUAUAAAAAGAAAAUAUUUAUGUUGUAAAAAAAAAAUAAAAACAUUCCCGUAUUCCUAAUAUUGCCAUUAGCUUUGGCUCCGUUAAUAAUAUCAGCUACGAAGUUCUGUGGAUGAUCUCGAAGUAAUAAUUAAUAUAAAAUAAGGAACACUCAGUCAAUUGUUAAAGUCGUCUAGUUAAUUAGCGACUGAUUAAAAAAAACAUUGGGAAAUGUCAUAUCAUAAACAUCAUUUGGCUAGAAUUAUAAUAGCGCCAGAAGAAAAAGAUAUCCAGUGUUAAGUGCCUGCACGAAUAAAAAAUUAAUAUGGAAGGAAUAAAUAUGUUGGCAAUACUAAAUGAAAAAA